AAAUAGAAAAAAAGAAAACAAUCCCUCAGUAAAAGUUUAAGGCGAGAGAAGUGGCAGAGCAGUGGCGCGGGGAGGCGCGGAGGACAGCGAGCUAGUAGGGGACUGGGCUGGCCAGACCUCUGAAGGCUGCGAUUUCAUUAUUAACAUCACUAUAUUUUUGGAGGGAGAGGCACCUUUCUCAUCCUCUCUUCCUCUCCGCCCACCCCUACUCCCUCCCCCUCGUCUACCUGUCAAAGUCACUGAUCUUUUGCAUUUCGGAAGAGGACGUCAACGGGAAGGAAUUCCCCUCUCGGUGCCGGCUCGGAGAGGGGGCGACGUGCGCGAGGCUCCCCCGGGGGCCGAGGCGAAGGGUGUUGGUGCCAGAAGAGAAGCAUGAUUGAUGGGAAACAGAUACCGGCCUACGGACUCCCGUCCUUCUGCGUCAGAUGCUGAUGUCUCUGUGCCCCUGAGCACCCCCCACGAACUGUGCCCUGCGAGGACCACUCAGGGUUACUGGCUGCACUACGGGACAGCCAUCACUUUGCUCAGUGACUGUCUGCGACUGGACAUCUUUUACAAAAACCAAACUAGACCCGAGUUUAUUUCAUAGCUAUGUUUUAGGACAAAGAAAAAUCUGCAAGUCGCUGUUACGGCCUAACACCCCAGCAUGUUAGGCUUCCACCAAAGUCCUCAAUAAAUGCACAGUCUCCUCACCCUUCCCAUUUGGUUUCAGAAUCAGCUUUGAAAGCCCAUCCUCUGUUUUGUUUUUAACAUACAGACCUACCUACAUAGAGACACCAUAUAUAUCUCUAUAUAUGUAUUUCUAAAAUAGACACAGACCAUAAAGCAAACUGCUUGAGUUUCCUCGAAGAUUAUAAAGGAUUUAGAGAUGUAUUUGUCCAGAUUCCUCUCGAUUCACGCCCUUUGGGUUACAGUGUCCUCGGUGAUGCAGCCCUACCCUUUGGUGUGGGGACAUUACGAUGUGUGUAAGACUCAGAUUUACACGGAAGAAGGGAAAGUUUGGGAUUACAUGGCCUGUCAGCCGGAAUCCACGGACAUGACCAAGUACCUGAAAGUGAAGCUGGAUCCUCCGGAUAUUACCUGUGGAGACCCCCCUGAGACAUUCUGUGCAAUGGGCAACCCCUACAUGUGCAAUAAUGAGUGUGAUGCAAGCACCCCCGAGCUGGCACACCCCCCUGAGCUGAUGUUUGAUUUUGAAGGAAGACAUCCCUCCACAUUUUGGCAGUCUGCCACUUGGAAGGACUAUCCCAAGCCUCUCCAGGUUAACAUCACUCUAUCUUGGAGCAAAACCAUUGAGCUCACAGACAACAUAGUUAUUACCUUUGAAUCGGGGCGUCCAGACCAAAUGAUCCUGGAGAAGUCUCUCGAUUACGGACAAACCUGGCAGCCCUAUCAGUAUUAUGCCACAGACUGCUUAGACGCUUUUCACAUGGAUCCUAAAUCCGUGAAGGAUUUAUCACAGCACACGGUCUUAGAAAUAAUUUGCACAGAAGAGUACUCCACAGGGUAUACAACAAAUAGCAAAAUAAUCCACUUUGAAAUCAAAGACAGGUUCGCGUUUUUUGCUGGACCUCGGCUACGCAAUAUGGCUUCCCUCUACGGACAGCUGGAUACAACCAAGAAACUCAGAGAUUUCUUUACAGUCACAGACCUGAGGAUAAGGCUGUUAAGACCAGCUGUUGGGGAAAUAUUUGUAGAUGAGCUACACUUGGCACGCUACUUUUACGCGAUCUCAGACAUAAAGGUGCGAGGAAGGUGCAAGUGUAAUCUCCAUGCCACUGUGUGUGUGUAUGACAACAGCAAAUUGACAUGUGAAUGUGAGCACAACACGACGGGUCCAGACUGUGGGAAAUGCAAGAAGAAUUAUCAGGGCCGACCGUGGAGUCCAGGCUCGUAUCUCCCCAUCCCCAAAGGCACUGCAAAUACCUGUAUCCCCAGUAUCUCCAGUAUCGGUAACUGCGAAUGCUUCGGCCACUCCAAUCGAUGCAGUUAUAUUGAUCUGCUAAAUACAGUCAUUUGCGUGAGCUGUAAACACAACACUAGAGGGCAGCACUGUGAGCUGUGCAGGCUGGGCUACUUCAGAAACGCUUCUGCACAGCUGGACGAUGAGAAUGUGUGCAUAGAGUGUUAUUGUAACCCUUUGGGCUCAAUCCAUGAUCGUUGUAAUGGCUCAGGAUUUUGUGAGUGUAAGACUGGAACGACAGGGCCUAAGUGUGAUGAGUGUCUGCCGGGAAAUUCCUGGCACUACGGCUGUCAACCGAACGUCUGCGACAACGAGCUGCUGCACUGCCAGAACGGAGGGACGUGCCACAACAACGUGCGCUGCCUGUGCCCGGCCGCGUACACCGGCAUCCUGUGCGAGAAGCCGCGCUGCGAGGAGGCGGGCGGCUGCGGCUCGGGCGCCGGCCCGGGCGCGCCCCCUCCCGGCUGCCCCGCGCUGCUGCUGCUGCCGCUGCUGCUGCCCGCGCUGCUGGGGACCGCCAGCCCCCCAGGCUUCUAGGCGUCGCGUCCAGCCACAGCCAGGCCGCUGCCGUGGGGAAGCAAACACAACCCGAGCAUUUGCAACUAACAUAGGAAACACACACACGCACACAGACAGCCCCACUCCAACAGUGUACAAACUAAGACGGCCUAACCGAACUAAGCCAUAUCUAUCAGCCGUGGACAGCACAUCCCAGUCAAGACUGUUAAUUUUCUGACUCCAGAGGAGUUGGCAGCUGUUGGUAUUAUCACCGCAAAUCACAUCGCCAGCUGCAGAGCAUACUGUGGAUUGGAAAGGCUGUGACAGCCCCCCACCCCCAAAACAAACAAGUCAACCAACCUAGAAACAUUUGCUACUCUAAGUGGUGCGCCCUGGUGCCACUCUGCCCAGUGUGUGGACCAACCAAAUAGCAGCCUUUGCUGUCGGCUGCAUUGUGGGUAUAAGGAAACCUGUUACAAGCUGCCAUAUUGGCCUGCUUCAGCCCCUGACCCCCUUUUCCAACCUGUGCUUUAGUGAACGUUGCUCUGUAACCCUUGUUGGUUGAAAGAUUUCUUUGUCCGAUGUUAGUGAUGCACACGUGUAACAGCCCCCUUCCAAAAGCGCAAGCCAGUCCUACCCCCGUAUAUCUUAGCGGCACUGAGCCCUCCCAGUGCGAGCACACGCCCACUGUACAAGAGUGGCUAUAGGAAAAAAAGAAAGUGUAUCUAUCCUUUUGUAUUCAAAUGAAGUUAUUUUUCUUGAAAUACUGUAAUAUGUAGAUUUUUUGUAUUAUUGCCAAUUUGUGUUACCAGACAAUCUGUUAAUGUAUCUAAUUCCAAUCAGCGCAGACUGACAUUUUAUUUCGUCCUCUUUUUGUUCUGUUCCGUUUCAUUGUGCAGAGAUUUCUCUGUAAGGGCAACGAGCGUGCUGGCAUCAAAGAAUAUCCGUUUACAUAUUUAACAAGUGUAAUAAGAUUCCACCAAAGGACAUUCUAAAUGUUUUCUUGUUGCUUUAACACUGGAAGAUUUAAAGAAUAAAAAUUCCUGCAUAAACGAUUUCAGGAAUUUGUAUUGCGAUUUCUUAAGAUGAAAGGAGCAGCCACCACGCAGUCUCACACUCACUUUACCGAUUUCUGUGUGGACUGAAUCCAUUCAGCUGACGAAUUUAGUACCCAGGAAGAUGGAUUGAUGUUCACUAGCUUGGACAACUUCUGCAAUACAUGAGACUACUUCUACUUGGGAAAAAUUACAACAGCAAAAAAAAAAAAAAUUUAAGUGAUUGCCAAGAUUAUGCCAAAGCCUGUUGGCAGAGUACUAAGAGACUUUUAUUUUUAAGUCAUGCUAUUUUCACAGAUUGAUAUGAUCAUGUGACUCUAGGGAUGCUGAUCUAUGUAUCUUUCCAAAUACAGUGUUUACAUGGAGUACCAUAGAGGCCACCUGGGGAACCAGGGAAGCAGCAGGGAAAUUGAGUGAUUAGCAAUUUGACUUUGAAUAUAUUCAGACUACGUAUUUAUAGGAAAUAUCAAAAUAUACAGCAGCAAAUAGACAUAACUGCUGUUCCUGAGAAUAAAGUUUGUUUUAAGUACUGCCCAAGGUGUAAUAAAUUCUUGUUUCUGCCUUUUAUGAGGCCAAUUACUGCGCAAGACAGCAAGGGGAGGCAGGUGGGGGAGAACCACAGCAAAGUUUCAAAGAGGCCGAGUGUGUAUUUCCUUCCCAGCACACUGUUGUCCUACAGGUGACAGAUGAGUUUGCAGCCGCGUCUCCUGGAAUCAAAAAACAAUUAUCAGCCGGAGCCACAGUUUUAAGGACAAGGAAGUUCUACAUGACUUGGUUGAACAAUAACCUGUGUGUGACAGUGUUAGGUGGGAAGCCGGGUUCCAAUCGGAUUCUCCUUCCUGCUGCCACUCCUCGCUGAAACAGGGGAGGGGGCCGAAAUCUCUCCCAAUAAACAGCCUGGGAAAACGCUAGAUGAGAGAACAGCAUGUCUUAUUGGUUUUGUUCCCAGAAAAGCCAAUUCUAAGAAGGCAAUAAAAGGUAAACAGGUAAUGCCUGUGUCGCCUGCCACCCCACGACUAAGUCUAUUGAAUGUUUGUUAUUCAAACCAACACUCCCUUUAGCUGUAAGAAAUAAGAAAAGGCGGAAAUAAAUUAGAGCUUUGGCUUAGUGCCAGAGUGGCCAAUCAGAAACCGGAGAUCUGCAUGGGAAGUACAAAUAGAAAAUUAUGUUUCAGGCCUUGAAAAUUAGGUUUCCAAGAUAAACAUGAAAAUCCUGAUAAUGUAGGCAGUUCGAGAUGACUUAUAAUGAGGUGGAUUUCUAAUAUUAAAAUUGGAAUUUAAGUUGUCUUACAGUUUAUUAGCACAAACCAAAGGCAGCCCCUGUUAUUUCUGGCAUCGAUGCACUUUAUUGUCACCCACUCAGGCCUUUGUCACAAUGCUCAGGAAUCAGACACCGCAAUUUUCAAUCUGUGAGCGUCCAAAAGCUAAUUCUCAAAUUUAAUGAAGACCCGAUCUAAAUCAAUUCAUCUGCAUUUUAUCUUUAUGAGACUAUGAGACUCUAAAUUGAUGAGGAAUAUCUUGCAUUCAGUGGUAUUUAGAUGUAGUUUUCUGAAUUUCCAGAAGCGAUGUGAUCUGCGUUUAAUAAAAAUUCAAAUUUAGGUAUACAACAAAUGGAAAUGAAAUGUGCUUUUUAAUCUGGAUUCUCAAGUUCUUCUAAGGGACCCAUUCCUUUGAAGAAAUCCCAGCUCAGUAGACUUCAGUCACCUGUUGCUUUCCAGCACUCUUACAAACCUGGUUUCAUCUAUAAUAUUAUGUCCUCAGUACAGGACUGGGGUGAGAAGUGCGUACUUGGUCGUUCACACAUCUGAGGUCCUAAUACUUGUUCUUUUUCUACCUGUCUAUGUCCCUUAAAGUGGUUAAUAUAGUCUUGCAUAUGAAUUAAUCUAUCAACUUUCCCACAGAAUAAAAAUACAAUUCCUUCUAUCAAUGAAUGCUCUUGAUGAACAUAAAAUUUCAAAAAAAAAUGGGACAAAGAUUCAGCUAUCUAGAAAGUGUUGCUAUUUAUAGGAAAGUAAUGAACAUGCCCUGCUGUGCUAUGGGAGAGAUUUAUUUCUGACCUGGUACACAGCCUAGAGGAAGAUCCUUAGUCCAGCAAAGAAGGGUCCUGGAUUAGAGGGUCCUACUCUGACCCUCCUCCAGCUUUGUCCCAGAUGCCAAAGACCCAGAGUUCCCUAUUCAGAGGUCCUUCCCCUACUGUUAGGCAGGCAUGGGACACUGCUGCAUCAUGAGUGCACACCCCUGUACAUAUGGGGUAGUGAAGGGUGCACCGGUAUGGCUGGAUUCAUUCCUAGUGAAUUCUAGGAAAUUCACAUACACAGAAAGAGAGGCUCCUUGCAGAGAAAACUAGAGUGGGAAAAAAUGAAAGUGGUGAGAGGUGGGAAGGAGAUAGACAAAGGCUAUCUCAGGGCCAGGGCCCAGCCCAGAACUCUGAGUAGUCUAAGGAUUCUAAAUCCAUACCCAGGCUUCCAAUUGGUAUGAAAGCAUAUGUGUCAAAGCAGCAAGAUGUAUUUCAUUUAAUGCUUUGUUAGCUUGGUAUAUAAUUUUUAAAUAAUUACACAUAAGGCAUGUGGGACUUCGUUGGUACUUUUGCCCUGGGCCCUGCAAGCAUUUAGCAUGGAUCUGUGUGAGGUGCCCUUGAGUCAAAUCCCUAAGCUGGCACAAAUCACUCACUGGGAACAUGAAGACAGGUCCAGGUUGGAAGGAAGAAGUCAUCUGCUCCACAGUUCAGCUGUCCCUGUGGUUAAUCCUCACCUCACCCUUCAUCGGACCUAGGGCUUUACUGGAGUAUAAGAAAUAUGGAAUGAAUCGGGGUCUGCUGUGAAAUCACAUGUUUUGUUCACCCUCUGCCAUCCAGUAUUACUGGGUUGUAAAGACCUGGUCUCCUACAUUGGGAUGCUCUGUGCUAUGCGGGACUUGGGUGAUAUACUUCUCCUGCUGUUAACUUCUAAAUAUAAUUCCUAGUUAACAG